AUGGUGUCCGAUCAAGUCGCCCGCGCCGAUCACGGCCACACCAUCACAGCUCUUAGCCGAUGGUCUAUUUUAGAUAAGAAGCUUCCGCCUGUCAACGCGAUCAAUGCCGUUCACGUCUACGACUUCGAUAAUACCUUAUUCAAGACUCCUCUCCCGAACCCCAAGUUAUGGAACGGUCCGACGGUCGGGCAGCUGAUGAGCCCUGAUAUCUUUGUGAAUGGCGGUUGGUGGCAUGACUCGAGAAUCCUAUCUGCAACUGGCGAAGGUGUCGAACAAGAAGAGAAGCGCGCCUGGAAUGGAUGGUGGAAUGAGAAAAUCGUUCAGUUGGUCCAACUGAGCAUGGAGCAAGAUGAUGCUCUCACCGUUCUCCUGACUGGACGUUCUGAGAAAGGCUUCUCUCAGCUCAUCAAGCGAAUUGUCGCGAGCAAAGGUCUCCAGUUCGACAUGAUUGGGUUGAAGCCGGCGAUUGGCCCUAACCGCGAGCGCUUCCAGUCUACUAUGGAAUUCAAGCAGAUCUUCUUGAGAGCAGUACUGGGAACAUACGCAUCGGCGAAAGAGAUGCGAAUUUACGAAGACCGCCCGAAACACGUCGGGGGGUUUCGGGAUUUCUUUGCUGAUUACAACAAGCAUCUCAUCAAUCGCGGACUGAACCCGAUUACUGGCCACGUCGUACCAGUGGCUGAGCUCUCUACUACCCUCGAUCCCGUCGUUGAGGUGGCAGAAGUGCAACACCUUAUCAACGCCCACAACAUCGCUGUUGCAAAAGAACGAAAAGGCGGACGGAGUGGGCGCCUAGCUAUCAAGAAAGCCGUCUUGUUCACCAGCUACAUGAUCCAGCCUUCUGAUACGAAGCGACUAAUCUCGCUUCUUAACACGUUGGCACCGGAGACGAAGGACCUUAAACCCCUUGCUAACACUAUCCUCAUCACAGCACGAUCCUGCCCACAGCACAUUUUAGAUAAGAUAGGAGGCCUCAAUUCUAAGAUGAAGUGGGAGGUAACCGACAUUGGCUCCUAUCAGUCAAACCUCUGGGCGGUGCGUGUAAGGCCCGUUCCUGCUAAUGCCAUCUACCACUCCGACAACCGGACACCGGCCGUCGUCAUGGGCGCGAAAGGAGGAACUCGUCCCGCUGAUGUAAAUAAGAUCCAUCAAUGGCAACCAGUCCCAGCUGAUCAAAACUUCGUUUUCGAGACUACGGUGGGUGAAAAGGUCAUGCUCCGUAUCGAUCGCGAAGAUCAAGAUGGCGAGGACGACCAGCACGACAGGCUGUUCCCGCAUAGAGGCUCCAAGCGCAAGUUUCCCAGCGAUGAUGAUCGCCAAUCUCGUCACCACGGCAGGGAUCGUGGUAACGGUGCCCGAGAUUACUACAACUCAUCUCAAUCGCGAGGUGGAGGUGACAAUCGGGGUCGCGGUGGCCACAGAGGUGGCGGUGCUCCUCGGGGUAACCGUGGCGGCAGAGGAGGCUACAAGAAUUCUGGUAGAAGCGGCAAGGGAGCCCAUGGCUAUCGCUCUUUGGACGACGUUGACACUCGCGAAAGCUCUCAGAAUGGAUAUGGUGCAGCAGCUGUUUCGUAUGACGACAACACCUUUCCAGCAUUACCUCAGGGCGGCCCUCAGUUCCACCAGCAUUUGCCUCCCCCUCCGCCGUACGGCCAGCCGUUCCCAAUCCCGGGUCAAUGGCCUGGGAUGGGUGGUAAUGGUCAGGGACGGCCCUCGGGUGGCCCUGGUCCGGAUUUGCAAAACUUCUACUGA